GAUAAGCCACAACCUUUUGUCCAAGCCUUGGAGCACCCCCCUCCCCCCUGCAGCCGUUAUCACUCGCCACGUCGUUCGAUCUUCUCUGAGGGGAACAAAAGUAGGCUCCUCUUCAGCCAGAAAACGACUCACGGGAACAAGCGUGUAUCCACGGAGACACUGAAACGGAGAGGAAGAUUACAACUGAACAGCAUUCAUACCAGACAGAGUUUGAAUCGUAAACGCAGUUCCCCGAUAUAUUGCAGCGCAACAAUGCCGGCCGAUGGAGUUGUUAUGGAUAAAAUUAUUGAAGGGGACGGCAAGACGAUCCCCCGUCCUGGCAGCGUCGUCACGUUGGAUUACAUCGGCUGCUUAGAAGACGGCAGUAAGUUUGACUCGACGCUCGAACGGGGCAAGCCCUUUGUGUUUCGCGUAGGCUGCGGUGAGGUGAUUAAAGGCUGGGACACCGGAAUCGUGCAAAUGUCGAAAGGCGAGCGCAGCAAGCUGACGAUGCCGCCGUCUUUAGCGUACGGUAGCUCUGGAUUCCCCGGGCUGAUCCCUCCCAACUCUACCAUCGUGUUUGAGGUAACGCUGCUGGAUGUGGCGUAG